UUGCAGUUGCAUUCAAGCUUAAGGAACCGACACACUCAACCUUAUACCUGUCGGCAACCACAACGUUAAACAAAACUUCAGUGACAUUCUAUGUUUUGGUUUGGGUCAGAUAAUGUGUGUGUGAGUUGAAUUUAUUCAGCUCAAGUCAAGCUAAACAAACAAAAACACAUUCUUGGGGGGUUUCAAUUCAACACUUGAACUCAAUGAUGGUCCAAGAGCGUUCAACUCCCAAAUCUACAAACCAGAAACCCCAUUUCAGAAACCAAACACUUCCCACAACCACAACCACGAAGAACCUUGAUUUCUCCGCAUGGGUUUCCGACAACUUGUUCAAGAUCGUCGCAAUCUUGCUCCUCGUCGUCACCGUCGCCGCCGUGUUCUUCCUCCGCAACGCCGGCGACACUGCCGCGCUUCUCUGCUUCGAGAAGCAGGCGCAGGAGCUCGAGAAGAUCGCGUAUCCGCGCGUGGAUUGGAACGCGAUUGGGCCAAUUGCCGACAAGACAUCGAAGUUCGCGAACUUUCGGUCGGAGAAGUGGAUCGUGGUCUCGGUUUCGAGUUACCCGAGCGAAGCGCUUCGGAAGCUAGUGAAGAUGAAGGGGUGGCAGGUGCUGGCGAUCGGGGGUUCCAAAACGCCGUCGGAUUGGGAAUUAAAAGGUGCGAUCUUUUUGUCGUUGGAUGAACAGGCCAACUUGGGGUUUAGGGUCGUUGAUUACCUUCCUUAUGAUUCGUUUGUUAGAAAGAGUGUGGGGUAUUUGUUUGCAAUUCAGCAUGGUGCUAAGAAGAUUUUUGAUGCUGAUGAUAGAGGGGAAGUUAUAGAUGAGGAUUUGGGUAAGCAUUUUGAUGUGGAGUUAGUUGGAGAGGGUGCUAGGCAAGAGGUUUUGUUGCAAUAUAGUCAUGAUAACCCGAAUCGAACCGUUGUGAACCCUUAUGUGCAUUUUGGGCAACGUUCUGUUUGGCCUAGAGGGUUGCCUUUGGAGAAUGUGGGUGGAAUUGGGCAUGAGGAGUUUUACACUCAGGUUUUUGGUGGUAAGCAGUUCAUUCAGCAGGGGAUUUCGAAUGGCCUGCCGGAUGUUGAUUCGGUGUUUUAUUUUACAAGGAAAUCAGGUUUGGAAGCGUUUGAUAUUCGGUUCGAUGAGCAUGCGCCGAAGGUGGCGUUGCCGCAGGGUGUGAUGGCGCCGGUUAAUUCUUUUAAUACUAUGUACCAUUCGCCUGCAUUUUGGGCUUUGAUGCUCCCCGUGUCGGUUAGCACGAUGGCUUCUGAUGUGUUGAGAGGUUACUGGGGACAGAGGCUUCUUUGGGAGCUUGGUGGUUAUGUUGUGAUUUAUCCCCCUACUGUUCAUAGGUAUGACAGGAUUGAGGCAUAUCCGUUUUCAGAAGAGAAAGAUCUUCAUGUGAAUGUGGGUCGUUUGAUUAAGUUCUUGGUUCUGUGGAGAUCGAAUAAGCAUAGGUUGUUUGAGAAGAUUUUGGACUUGAGCUAUGCAAUGGCAGAGGAGGGCUUUUGGACUGAGAAGGAUGUGAAGCUUACUGCUGCUUGGCUGCAGGACUUGCUGGCUGUUGGCUAUCAGCAGCCAAGGUUGAUGUCGUUGGAAUUGGGACGUCCGAGGGCAAAUAUUGGUCACGGUGAUCGAAGGGAGUUUAUACCACAAAAGUUGCCAUCAGUUCAUCUUGGGGUUGAAGAAACGGGAACAGUGAAUUAUGAGAUUGGUAAUUUAAUCCGAUGGAGGAAGACUUUCGGAAAUGUUGUGCUUAUCAUGCAUUGCAGUGGACCUGUGGAACGCACAGCCCUGGAAUGGAGGUUGCUUUAUGGGAGGAUUUUCCGAUCUGUAGUUAUUUUGUCAGAAAGGAAAGAUGUAGAUCUUGUUGUAGAGGAGGUCCAUUUGGACUAUGCAUACAGGUAUCUGCCAAAAAUUUUUGAUCAAUUUAGCAGUGCAGAAGGAUUUUUAUUCCUACAGGAUAACACCAUUCUUAAUUACUGGAACUUACUACAGGCUGAUAAAACUAAACUGUGGAUUACUAAUAAGGUAUCCGAGUCUUGGGCUUCUGUAUUAACUAAAGAUGACAACACUGAUUGGUUAUCACAGCAAGCAAGCAUGGUACAGAAGGUUGUUAGCAUGAUGCCAGCUCACUUUCAAGUCAGUUACAAAGAAACAAGUGCCGACGAAAAGAACCUUCUAUUAUGCAGUUCUGAGGUGUUCUAUGUUCCUCAGCGCUUUAUCAGUGAUUUUGUUGAGCUUGUUAACCUAGUGGGCAAUCUAGAGAUCCAUCAGAAGGUUGCAAUUCCUAUGUUCUUUGUCUCCUUAGAUUCUCCUCAGAAUUUUGACCCUAUUCUUGAUACAAUGAUCUACAAGCAAAAUCCUCCUGCUAAUUCCUCCACUCUUUAUUCUCCCAAAGUCUCUGCUGUUCAUCCAUGGAAUGUAUCAAGUGAACAAGACUUUAUAAAGCUUAUCAGAAUAAUGGCAGAAGGGGAUCCACUCCUAAUGGAGUUAGUUUGAAAGUAGAACUGUUUCUUGAUGCUAAAUCACAAGAAGGAUACAAGAAACAUGUAACACUCAGAUAGCUCCUAUGUGGUCUCUUUUUAAUCGAAAACAGUGUUACAGUCUUUUUUUCUCUUUUUUGUUUAUUGGGUGGUUUUUUAACCCUUCCCAUUCCCCCCCUCUUAUUGUAGAUUUGUUCCACAGAGAAAAUGUAUCAUUCCUUUUACCCUUUCAUUUUUGUGAAAAGUGAAAUGAAAAUGUAUUUGUAUUCAAUAUUGCAAUUCAAUCUCUCCAUUAAGAGAUUCUUUUUUGUUAUGAACUUGGAGUUUGUC